UACAACAACAACGACAACGACAACUACAACAACAACGACAACGACAACUACAACAACAACGACAACGACAACUACAACAACAACGACAACUACAACAACAACGACAACGACAACUACAACAACAACGACAACAACAACGACAACAACAACAACAACAACAACAACAACAACGAAAACUACAACGACAACUACAACAAUGCCUACAACGACAACUACAACAACAACGACAACUACAACAACAACGACAACAACAACAACGACAACUACAACGACAACAACAACAUGGACAACUACAACGACAACUACAACAAUGCCUACAACGACAACUACAACAAUGACUACAACGACAACUACAACAAUGACUACAACGACAACUACAACAAUGACUACAACGACAACUACAACAAUGACUACAACGACAACUACAACAAUGACUACAACGACAGCUACAACAAUGACUACAACGACAACUACAACAAUGACUACAACAAUGACAAUGAGAGAUACUAA